AUGGCCUCAACAAAGGGUCUUCCAGUUGAAAUCUUCCAGCAAAUAUAUGGAUACCUGGGACCAAAGGACUUCAACGCUGCUCGGCGCACAUGCCGAGCAUGGAUGGAGGCCAGUCUGGAUAGGAGUCUGCUGGCGGUAAUGCUGGAGAGGGGUGGAUGGACGGGCGAGGAUACCAGCAAGGGAUGGCAAAUGCUCAGCUGCCAACUUGCCAGAGAAUGUGCCUUGGCGCCAGGCCGGGCUGGGGUGGAAACAGAGGCAGUAUUCACCAAGAGCUCAGAGGUGGAUUUCAGCGGGCUGAGGGACAGCCAAGUCGGCGGUAGUAGUAGUGAACUAAUAUUCACCACAAGUACCUGCUCGCGGUUUCUGUGCGUAGCCCAGGGAGCGCUGAUCCGGAUUUACCAGCUCGACGCUGGCCGUCCGGUAUACAUGGCAAGCGUCGAAUGCCCAGGACGAGUACUGGCCAUGACCAUGGGCCCAUAUGGCGGUAGUAGUAGAUACGCCAUUGCUGCCAUCUUGGAAGGCCGGACGUGGAACUUGGUCGAAGACGACUCGACCAUUUACAGCCAUCUGGGCUCCGAGGAUGACCCACCACGGAGCGUCGCUCUAUGCCCCCAAGGCCAGUGUGUAGUUUUUGGCUGUUCAGAAGGGCUGGACGUACAAUGGAUCGACUCCCCUUCAGGCCAAAGUCUCCAUCGCUGGGUUCCCUCCACAGCCCCAAACGACCACGUCUACGUGCGCCCACGACGACGACCAGCCCACGAUUCGUCAAACAUACUGCGUAUCCUGUCCAGUCCCGCCCACCACGCCAACCGCCCUUGGCUAAAACGCAGACUCUUCCCCAACGCCCACUGGCACGGCUCCUCCAAAUACGAAAUUGCAUCUCGCCAGCCAAACCCCACAGGCUACUACGACUACGACUACGACUACUACAACCGCAUCCCCCUGGACGACAACGGCUCCCACGUCCUCUUCGUCGACCAGAUCAGCAACCGCCUCGUCCUAGGCACCGACGAGCUCGUCCGUAAAAUCGAAUUCGUCCCCCCGACAAACGGGGAAGCACCACCAAAGCUCUACCGCGCUGCAGCAGACAUGUCCCAGGGCGCACGCAUAGUGGCCGUCUACGACGAUACCAUCAUGCUAUACUCCGUCCCACGCCGUGUAUGCCGCUUUUCUCCCACCGAGGACCAACCAGAUGGUUCGCUCCAACAUGAUACUAACCACUGGCUCAACUGGUGGGACGAACCGCGUGCGAAUGGCGAGACUGGCGCGGUGCAUCAUCAGGAGGGACCCACGUGGCCGCUUUCUCUACGCGGUACCCGCAUAACUACGCUGGCGAAUAUUUGUGAGAUUUCCGUGCAGACAAGUCCGUGUCUUGUUAUCUCGGCGGUUACGGAUGCAGGCAAGUGCAAAGUUUGGAAGUUUUCCGAGGACGAGGGAGGCAUUGGGGGUGGAGAAGAUGGUCGUGUGUCAAAAGGGGCUCGUUGA